UUCCCGCGGUUCAAUUGUUUGAGGUUUUGCACAGAAGAAAGCGGAGAUUGAGAUUGCUCUUGUGCUAUGGAACAUUGAUCUUUUAUGUGUUAAUAUUGCUGUGACAGUGAAUAAUAAUUAUAAAUUAUGUCGAAACGACUCAGUAGCUCGCAAUCUAACACAUUGCUGAACUAUUUUCAGUCUCCAAAAGGCAAAGCCAAGAAGCCCAAUGUAUCGAGCCCAGUACUGAUCCCCAAAAAUCAAAAUGAAGAUAGUGAUGAGGAUGUCAUCAAACCCAAGAAAAGGAAUCGCAUUGCCAUUGUUGACAGCGAUUCAGACAAUGAAAACAUUGAUAGUCCUAAAAGAAAUCCUUCGAAGAAGACUAAAGUUGAUGAGAAUUCGAGUGCUUUGAAAAAAUUUAAUUAUGAAAAGACAAAUACUCCAAUUAAGGACAAACUGCAGACAUCAAAAUUACCAAUUACAAGCACUAAGCCUAUAACAAAUGAUGAAACUAGAUGGUUGCAUGAGAAUCUGGAAUUCUUGAAACCUGCAAAUCGAAGGGAUAUUAACAAAAAUAAAGUUGGUGAUCCUAAUUAUGAUCAGAAUACUUUAUAUAUUCCUGAUAGCUACUUAAACACUUUAACUCCUGCAAUGAGGCAGUGGUGGGUGUUGAAGAGUAAGCAUAUGGACAGUGUGCUUUUUUUCAAAGUUGGGAAGUUCUAUGAAUUAUAUCAUAUGGAUGCCACUGUAGGAGUUGAACACCUUGGGUUUUCUUAUAUGAAGGGUGAAUUUGCACACUCUGGAUUCCCAGAAUCUGCAUAUGGUAAGAUGGCUUCAUCAUUGAUUGAGCAGGGAUUUAAGGUAGCUAGAGUAGAACAAACAGAAACACCAGCAAUGAUGGCUGAAAGAUGUAAAGUUGGGAAAGCUACUAAAUUUGAUAAAGUGGUGAAGAGGGAGAUUUGUCAGAUAUCUUUAAAAGGUAGUUGUAUUUAUGGAGCACAACUGACAGAGGCGCAACAGGUAGUUCCAUACUACAUGACAUCGAUCUGUGAGAAGUUCAUUGAUAAUCAGAAACAUUUUGGAGUGUGCUUUGUUGAUACAUCUAUAGGCACCUUCCACUUGACCAAUUUUCAAGACGAUAAGCAUUGUUCCAGAUUGCUAGCGCUGUUAGCCCAACAUCCGCCAGUUUUAGUAUUAACAGAAAGGAAUCAAAUGUCUUCAGAUUCAAAUGAAAUUUUGAAGAGAUCCUUGGGUAUUAUUCGACGUGAUAAUUUAACUAGCGGUACACAGUUUCUCAGCGCCGAAACGGCGGUUAAAAUGUUAGGUAGUGAACGUUAUUUCCGAAACUCUAAUGACGAUCUUGUAUGGCCUUCUUUAUUUGACGAAUUACUGACUGAUAGAUAUCCGAAGCCGGAAUAUGAAUUAGCACUGAAAGCGCUGGGAGCUUGUAUUUGGUACUUGAAGGAUUGCGAAAUGGACAUUCAGGUAAUUUCAAUGGGUCAGUUUGAACUGUACACACCAGUAGAUACUUUGCAGAAGUCUCAUGAAGUUAAAAGAGAUUAUAUGAUACUUGAUUCUAUUACAAUUAAUAAUCUUAAGUUGUUUGGUGGAGAGGGUUCUCUGCAAAAGACUUUAGAUUACUGUUCAACACCAUUUGGUAAAAGGUUUUUCCAGCAGUGGAUUUGUAAACCAUUGUGUGAUGUUAAUAAAAUCGAAAGUAGGCAGAAUACUGUGAAAGAACUGUAUAAUGACGUUGAGUUAUUGAGGAAUACAAAAGAGAUUUUGUGCAAACUACCAGACUUGGAAAGGCAAAUAGCCAAAAUUCAUAUGUUUGGAAAUAAAUUUUGCUCAACGAAUCAUCCGGACAGCCGAGCUGUAUUUUACGAGGCGAAGAUUUAUGCCAAUCGAAAAAUUACUGAUCUUUUGACUACUCUUCAAGCUUUCGAGAAGCUUACAGAAAUCCCAAAAAUAUUCAGCUCAUGCGAAUCUCAGCUAUUAAAGAGACUGACUAGGCAUGCUCCUGAAGGGAAUUUCUAUGACACGGUCCCGACUUUGAAUUUCUUCAAAGAUGCUUUUGACCAUAAGAAAGCAAAAGAAGAAGGGAAGAUCAUUCCACAGAAAGGGGUGGACCAAGAAUACGAUGAGGCAGAAGAAAAAAUAACUGGCAUUAACCAGCUACUAGAAGAGUACUUGGAUGAGCAACGUUCGUUCUUCAAAUGUGAAGUUAACUAUUUUGGUGCUGAUAAGAAGCGUUUCCAAUUAGAAAUACCGGAGAGCCGGUGCAGCAAAGUUACGCAUGAGUAUCAGUUGGAGGGUACCAAGAAAGGGUCAAAGCCCUGUAAGAGAUAUUCAACGGCGACUAGCAAAGAUCUGUUAGCAAAAAUGAUGGAGGCCGAGAACGAUAGGAACAAAAUUUUGUUGGAUUUGAACCGCAGGAUUUUCGAGAAGUUUUCAGAGAAGUACGAACAGUGGGAGAAGGUCAUCAAGUGCGUAACUGUAUUGGAUUGUCUAUGUUCAUUGGCCGAGUAUGCCAGGAAUUACUCUGAAGAUAUAUGCUUACCAAAGCUGUUGCCAUUUACCGAUAAGCCGAUAUGCAUCAUUGAAAAUGGAAGACAUCCAUGUAUUAAAAAUGUCGAUAACUUUGUACCGAAUGAUACGGAGAUGGGAAGCGAGAAUCACGCGCCAAUAUUGAUUUUAACAGGACCUAACAUGGGUGGUAAAUCCACCCUCAUGAGACAAACCGUGUUAAUCGCUAUUAUGGCACAAAUCGGAAGCUACGUGCCUGCAAUAAACUGCGAGUUAAGUUUGGUAGAUCGCAUCUUUACAAGACUUGGAGCUUAUGACGAUAUUCUGAAAAACCAAUCGACAUUCAUGGUUGAGUUAUCUGAAGCAUCAUCCAUUCUUCAGCAUGCAACGAAACACUCGUUUUUAUUGCUAGACGAGUUAGGAAGGGGAACUUCAACUCACGAUGGUAACGCUAUUGCAAGCGCUUAUAUUAGAAAGCUUUGUGAUAUAAAUUGUCGUACCAUGUUUUCUACCCAUUACCAUACAUUGGUCGACUAUUUCGCUGGCAAAAACGAUAUUCAAUUGGGAUACAUGGUUUGCAUGGUUGAAAAUGAAGGGGAUGUGAAAAAGGAGUGCGUCACAUUCUUAUACAAGAUGGCUGCUGGCGUUUGUCCAAAAUCAUAUGGUUUCAAUGUAGCCAAAUUAGCUGGAGUUCCAUCAAUUAUAGUGAAGAGAGCCACCGAAUUAGCAGCUGCUCUCGAAACCGCUGAUAAGAAUAAGAAUCUCCUCAAAAAACUUUUGUCGUCUUCCUUAAAAGAUAGCCGCAGCUUAUUGAUGACUUUAGGUUAACUUCAUCAGUAUUACGUUAAUAUUAUUUUUUUGUAUAUUUUUCUAUUUGUUCCAAAAUACACAGUUGUUUCGUGUAGAAUAU